GAUCGAGGCUAUCGAACUUGACUGCCCCUUUCUUUGUGCCCAUUUCAUUGCAAUGGCACCUACUCUCCGGAAUCGCCCUGCCCUGAAGCGUUCUGAGACCUCACGCCGUGCUAAAGGCAAAGGCAAAGCAAGCCUCAUCUCCAAAUCCUCGAAAUCUCGAGUGUCACGCAAACCCCGGGUCCAGAGGGUUGUGCUGCGCCCUCCCUCUCCCUCCCCUGCCCCGUCUCAACCGAAGAAUCCGCGUGCAACUUUCCUCGGAUUACCCGCUGAACUGCGCCUACUCAUCUACCAUCACGUCUUUCACUCGGCCCUCAUACACGUUCACCAUCACCCAGAAGCGAAUCUGGAAGAUGGGGGCUGGCGUCGUGCUUGGUUUUCCUGGACUCCUUGCCUCGCGCCAAAUCCUAAGUCUCCGCUACUUUGUGCUAAUCCUAAGUGGUCUGGUCUAUGCAAGGACUCUGAACGAUGUACCUAUAAUCCGAAACUGAAGCCAAACCCAACCAGCUCUAUCGCCAUUAUGUGGACAUGUAAAUUCGUAUACCAGGAAGCCCAGAAUCUUCUACUCAGGGAGACGGUAGUCUCCGUUUCAAGCCAAGACCUCAACCCUUGGGUGAGGUAUCUCUCACAUAUUUGUCCGAAACAUCUCCAAUCUCUCCGGCGGAUCACCAUUACCGGGCCCGACCGCUUCGCCCCACAGAUAAUAGGUGACACAAUGGAGAUGGUCCGUAAGCACUUCCCAGACCUCGAAGCUGUUGCUUUCCAAGGACAGGUCCCCAUUUGGUUGGCCCUAGGAAACAACAUUCUUCAUUUUCCAAAGCCUGUAUGGCACCUGUGGGCAAUGCAGAUCCGUAUGCACCAUUUUGACCCUCGGGUUGCAGUCGCAAUAGAAGGCUUUGGCUGGAAUAAACCCCGUCUUCCCUGGAAAGAUAUCCAGGAGGAACAUGUUGUCCAUCGUAUAUAUAGGGAAGGGAAGACAGUCGGGCAGGAGAUCAAGGACCGUGGGUGGAGUGAGGAAGAUGUAGUGGUAGAGGUUCAGAGGGGGCCCCUUGUCGAGGCAAAAAGGAAUGCAAGGUGGCGGCAAUGGUGGCGUGGAGAGAGAUGCCGUCACAUGUACUGAGGUACCUUCACUGGUCCUGUUGGACAUUGUUUUCGACUAUUGCUUUUUCCUCAGCAGCCGUACUAUGGCGGGUACAACGAUAUGAACGGGCAGCCGAGACAGACUCUGGGUCGCUGACCUCUGCGAGAUUGGCAUGGGCAGGGACUAAUGUAAGUUGAAUAUCAGGGAACACCGCGAGCACCAUAUCCAAGAAGCAGGCAGAAGGGAUACUGCGUCGUAAAUCUUCGUCUAGACGAAAGUACCCCAUUCGUUGUCCCUUCAGAAUCCCAUUUAGUUAUCUACCAGCAUUCUACAUUCUUGAUA